CGGAAUGUUCGUUGAGAAAACAUUUAAAAUAAAGUCUAGUUAUGCUGAAAAAAUAAAAAAACAUUUGAAAUCGACUGUGGAAAACUUAGAUUUUAAUAAAAAACCAAAUGAUCAACGAAGUUAUAUUAAUGGAUGGAUUGAAAAUAAAACUAAUGGAAAAAUUAAAAAUUUAUUCCCUGCCGAUUCAAUUAGUGAAUCAACUGUGAUGGUAUUAACAAGCGCACUACAUUUUAAGGAUCUUUGGGAAAAAGAGUUUUAUACAACGAAAGAUGAACCAUUUUAUUCGAUGGGACAACACGCGGUCAACGUAAAAAUGAUGUACCAACAUUCGCGUUACUAUUAUUAUCACGACAAACACUUAAAAUUCGCUGCUUUGGAUAUGCCUUACGUUAAUUUCCACUUCAAAAUGUUGAUUUUAUUGCCUGAUGCAAAAGAUGGUUUGAGUAAUUUAGAAAAUAAUUUGUCUAAGAUAAAUUUCAUUGAACUUUACAAAAAUAUGACAAAACAUAAUGUUGAUUUUAAAUUCCCAAAAUUCAAGAUCGAGCAAGAAAUUGAUCUCAAACAUGUAUUAAAUAAACUCGGAUGUUCCACAAUGUUUACACCAAGUGCCGACUUUUCAGGAAUUACUGAUGUACCAAUAUUUGCUAAUAAAGCUUUC